UUCCGUGUAGUCGCUGCUGCGGAGCCGCGCGACUCGGAUCCCGAGCUGGCAGACAUGGCGGAUCUACAACCCGAGUGGAUUAGUCUGCCUCCUUCCUGGAGUUACGGCGUCACUCGGGAUGGACGCGUCUUCUUCUCCAACGAGGAAGCCCAGAGCACAACCUGGCUGCAUCCAGUCAGCGGCGAGGCGCUGAUGACCGGCCACAGGAAAAGUCCAGGCCUCCCCACUGGAUGGGAAGAAGGAUAUACUUUCGAAGGGGCGCGGUGCUUCAUCAACCACAAUGAACGAAAGGUGACCUGCAAGCAUCCUGUCUCAGGCUCACCCUCUCAAGACAACUGCAUCUUUGUCGUCAACGAACAAUCAACCUCAAAAGCGCCAGUGAGUGAGAAGAAGGAGCGACCAGUGAACACCAUGAGUGAGGCUUCCACCUUCUCACCCGGAACUGAAAACACAAAUGGCUCGGCUGCAAGAUCAUCCAGACCAGCCAAAAAAAUUCAUAAUUUUGGGAAGAGGUCCAACUCCAUCAGGAGGAAUCCCAGUGCACCAGUUAUCAAGAGGAACUGGCUUUAUAAGCAGGACAGCACAGGCAUGAAGUUGUGGAAGAAGAGGUGGUUUGUGCUGUCGGAUUUGUGCCUCUUCUACUACAGAGAUGAGAAAGAGGAGGGAAUACUGGGGAGCAUCCUCCUGCCCAGCUUCCACGUGUCCAUGUUGUCGGUUGAUGACCACAUCAACAGAAAGUAUGCUUUUAAGGCUACACAUCCAAACAUGCGAACGUACUACUUCUGCACGGACACAGCCAAAGAGAUGGAGUCCUGGAUGAGGGUGAUGACUGACGCAGCUUUAGUGCAUUUAGAACCAGUCCAAAGCAGGUUAAAAGUGGAGCAGUGUGGACCUCAAGAGGGCAAUAACGUGUCCAACCACAGACCCACAGUCACUCAGCCUGAAAACCAAAGCAAGUGUAAUGGUGACGUGGACGGGGAGCGCGUGGCACCAGUCACCACAGCCACACCUGAAGAAGAGAAAAAGCAGAAAGACGCCGAGCGCUACGGCUUCCAGAAGGACGGCGCCGACCGUCCGCUCACCAAGAUCAACAGCAUCAAACUCCAGCCGGCACAAGCUGCUGCAGUAACCGGCAAAAUAGCUGGGCCACAAACGCCGGCCGAAGUAGACGGGUCACACCAAAGCCCCCAGCUGAAUGGAAACGGUGAUCAGCGGUCUAUGGAUGGGAGCGGGGUGAACUCACAGCCGCCAUACGAACCGGAGCGCACUCUCAGUAGAACUAGCUCCAUGCAGCAGCUGGAGCAGUGGGUUCGGACACAAAGAGGGCGGAACCAGGAUGAUGACACUCGAAGCAUCGCCUCGUACCAGACACUGCCAAGAAACAUGCCAAACCACCGGGUGUCCUACAUGCCUCAUUAUGGCGAGGGCUACCGCAGCAUGCCCCGUAACAGUAUGGCGCAGCGGGACAGUGUCUGCAGCAUGUCUCCGCUCUUAUAUGACCAAGCCAUGGGUCCAGUCCAGCCCGACAAGCGGCGCUCCAUGCGGGACGACACCAUGUGGCAGCUGUACGAAUGGCAGCAGCGCCAGGCGUACGCUCGACAGCCAGGGCUGUACAGCAACAACGCCAGUCCCAAAACUAUGAUUAACCUGUCUGAGCAUGCAGGACCAAACUACUCGAUCCCACCGUCACCGUCUCACGGGUCCUUGUCUAUGUAUGGCGGUUACUCACCUAUGAGGUCCUACAACAUGAGCAGCGCCAGGUCUGAGAUCUCUUCUCCAGUGUACCAAAGAGACAUGAGCAUCGACAGGCGACACAGGCCGCCGAUGAAUAAGUAUGCCUACCAACCUGAUAGAAGGUCGAUGCCUGUCGGACUUCCAAUCCAGACCAUCACUGCCCAGUCACUUCAUGGCAAAACGCCCGAGGAACUGACUCUGCUGCUGAUAAAGCUGCGACGGCAGCAGGCAGAGCUUAACAGUAUCCGGGAGCACACUGUAGCACAGCUUAUGCAACUAAACGCCGAUGGUGACAACCCAAAGAAUGACGUUCUCUCGCAUCACCUCCAAAGGACUCUCAUGUAUUUGGAUAAUCAGAUGAAGGAAAAUGACCCUUUAAUCGUCAUGACUCACACUCUGAUUGAGAGCUCUGCUCCGAGGCCACAACUGUACCACCAAAUGAGUCCUGACGACUACAGAGAACACACCUACAUGUAUGUGCCUGAGGAAGUAGACCUUGAUACUAAACUGAGCAGGUUGUGUGAACAGGAAAAAGUGGUGAGGGCGCAGGAGGACAAACUUCAGCAGCUGUACCGAGAGAAGCACACCUUGGAAACAGCUCUGCUGUCGGCGAGCCAGGAGAUAGAGAUGGGUUCUGAUAGUCCUGCUGCUAUGCAGAGCGUGAUCCAGCAGAGAGACUUGCUGCAGAGCGGCCUCCUGAGUACCUGCAGAGAGCUGUCCCGAGCUACAGCUGAGAUAGAGCGGUCGUGGAGAGAGUAUGAGAGGCUGGAAGGAGAUGUGACUCUGGCUAAGAAUAACCUACUGGAGCAGCUGGAAGCACUGGGGAGCCCUCAGACUGACCCCCCGAGCCAACAGCAUAUGCGCAUACAGAAAGAGCUGUGGAGGAUCCAGGACGUGAUGGAGGUUCUGAAUAAACACAAAGCUCAGAGACAUGAGGCUGAUGGAAUGGGCUUCUACGGGCCCAAGGCAAACUUCAGCAAACAGAAGACCGAGGAAGAGGAUUGUGUUCCCCCAAGGCCUCCCUUACCCCAUUCCUAUGAGCCCAGCCCCCCCAAUGUGCCGUCUAAAUCUUCCAAUGCUGGCACGUUGCCCUCAUCACUCCACAAGUCGGAGGAGAGGAAGUCCAAUCACAGGAAUGGCACCAACAGCGGCCCAGACUACAGGCUGUACAAGAGUGAACCCGAGCUCACAACAGUGGCUGAGGUGGAUGAAAACAACGGGGAGGACCGAUCUGAACACCCUGCCGACUACAAUGGAAACAAAGGGAUGUCCUACCCAGUUGGUAUUGUCCCACCAAGGACCAAGUCUCCAGUCACUGACUCGUCAUCCAUUGCUUCAUAUGUGACCUUAAGAAAGGGAAAGAAGCUGGAUCCAAGAAUGGAGAGACCUCGUAGCGCGGUGGAGCAGCAGACCAGCGUUUCAGAGAAUGGCCGGCCAAGGAUGAGCGUAGAGGAGCAGCUGGAAAGGAUUCGUCGCCACCAGCAGGCUGCUCUCAAAGACAAGAAGAAAAACCUGGCUGUUCGCGGUAACAACGAAGAGAACGCUGUCUCUCGGAACCACUCGUUUACCAAAGACAACCAUGUCCGCAGUUUGCAGACUCAAAGCAGACGCAGAGACGAGGUGAUGAGCAGUGACAUUUUGGCGUUGGAAGCCUCUUUGAGACAACAGGAUGUGGUGAGAGAGCAGGAGACGCCUGCAGAGGAGAUUGCCAGACUGAAGGAGGCGUCGCAGGCUGACCAAUUCAACGUGGACCGAGAACUGUCUGUACCUGACAAAGUGCUGAUUCCUGAGAGGUACUUGGAGUCAGAGCCAGAAGAAGCUCUAAGUCCAGAGGAGGAGGCUGACAAGCAGAAGAAGGUUGAUCGCAUCAAAGCGCUCAUUGCUAAAAACAGCAUGCAGAAUGUUCUGCCCAACACAGCUCUCAGCCCAGAGGAGACUGAAGAGGAGGUUACUGUGCAGGAGAAGGAAAAGAUGAUAAAUAUCUCCUAUGAGCUGGCGGCAGAGGCCUCCAGACGCAGCAAGCUGGUCGCAGUGAGCAGCCUGUCGCCGUCCUCCCCACCCCCUCCACAGUCACAUAACACGCCCGCCCAGCUCACUGACGGGUCUCACUUCAUGUGUGUGUAAUAACACCACACAAGCUCUGGCCUCUGUCAAGACCUACACAUGAAGGAAAGGCAUCAAGCACACCAGCUCCGGGGCCGUGGUCUGGAGGGAAUUCACUUGUCUGCUCAAUCCUCUGGAAUGCUGAACUUCGGCCUCCCUCCUCCCCUCACUGUGAUAUCUCAUUUACCCCAUAAUGCACCUUCUUCCCUUUGAUAUCUUUGUUAGUGGCCGGUAGUAGAUCACAGCGCUUUACUCAUUCAGGUGAGAGCGCAUACGCUUGUCAUCAUUUCAGUUCAUUUAAUGGGUUUUUACAUCAGUUUUUUAUUUAUUUAUCUGGUUUUACAAGGUUUCCUGUUUGAUUACACGACUGCUGUAAAAUGGUUUUGACUGCGAUAUGCUUCUCAUCUACAGUGUUUCCCAUUUCAUUUUUCAAUGAGGCUAAGAUAACAUGUCCGUCAGUCAACAGGAAAUCUGUUGAAGAUAUAUUCAUCUGCUAUAUUGAGAGUUGGAACUAUCUGAGUGCAUCAGACUUCAUUAUUUGUGUGUAUUUUUACAGUUCUGGGUUGUAAUUAUUCAAAGUGAAGUCUUCUCUAGUCAUAUUGUUAAUGACUCUUCUGUUCUGGUGAGAGUUUCCAGUUACUUUUUUAAGUGGCAGAGAGGUACAGUAUAUUUAAACUGAGAAAGAAGAAUCUAUCUUUAGGUUCUAUGUUGUCAAAUGUUGACAUCUAAUCGACGGGUGGAUUGUAAAAAGCAAUAAGAGUUUGAGGAUUUUCUUUGUACAGUGUAAAGUUAUACGGUGUAUAUAAUGUACAUGCCGCAGAAGAAUGGGAGGCUGUACCCAACGUGUGGUUACAUGCUGGAUUUGAUUUUCAAAUAAUCAUAUCCCAUCAGUUUUGUAUAAAUAAAUGUUUUCCUGAA